AUGGACCGCGAUAAUGAUCUCCCGCUGCCCACCCCUUCAGAACCUGCCUCGGCCACAACCUCUCCAAGAGCCAGCGUCUUUGGCACCUUCCCUCGCCAAGCUCCCCCCACUUCAAACGCAAACCCUCGCGGCAGAACUCCCCAAUCUCGAAGAGUCAGCAGCAGCACAAUCAACAGCGCAAGCCCGAGCACAGAACGUGCCGAACAAGACAAGCCUGUACCCAUUGGCAAGAUUGGUGUCUGCGCUCUGGAUAGCAAGGCCAGAAGCAAGCCCAGUCGCAACAUUCUCAACAGACUGAUCAAGGAGGGUGAAUUCGAGGUCAUUGUCUUUGGUGACAAGGUCAUUCUGGAUGAAGAUGUCGAGAACUGGCCCAUCUGCGACUUCCUCAUCUCCUUCUUCUCCGAUGGGUUUCCGCUGGACAAGGCUAUAGCAUACGCCAAACUGCGCAAACCUUUCUGUGUCAACGACCUGCCCAUGCAGACAAUUCUCUGGGACCGCCGCAUCUGUUUACAAAUCCUCACAAAGCUCAACGUGCCCACGCCCGAGCGUGUCGAAGUCAACCGCGACGGAGGUCCCAAGGUUCAAUCCGCCGAUAUUGCCCAGCGAUGCUUUGAAAAGACUGGUAUCCGAUUCCCAGUAUUAGGCAGCCAGCCAGAGACCGAAUCACAACAAACAGCAAACCCUGUCGUCGAAUUGCUGGACGACGGCGACACAAUCUGUGUUGACGGCAAGAAGUUGACAAAACCUUUUGUCGAAAAGCCUACCGACGGAGAAGAUCACAACAUCCACAUUUACUAUCCGAAGAGCCAAGGUGGAGGUGGUAGGAGACUGUUCCGCAAGGUCAACAACAAGAGCUCGGAAAAGGAUGAGACUUUGACAGUGCCCAGAUCUAUCACCGAGCCUGGAAGCAGCUACAUCUACGAGCAGUUCCUCAAGGUCGAGAAUGCGGAGGAUGUGAAGGCUUACACUGUCGGCCUCGACUACUGCCAUGCUGAAACCAGAAAAUCUCCCGUCGUUGAUGGUGUUGUCAAGCGCAACCCCAAUGGCAAGGAGGUUCGCUAUGUUACCAGCCUUAGCAAGGAGGAAGCUGGCAUGGCCUCGAGAAUCGCCGAUGGUUUCGGACAGCGCGUUUGUGGCUUUGAUCUGCUGCGUGUGGGCGACAAGAGCUACGUUAUCGAUGUCAACGGCUGGAGUUUUGUCAAAGACAACAACGACUACUAUGACAAGUGCGCCAACAUUCUGAAGAGCAUGUUUAUCAAGGAAAAGACCAGACUUGACAACAACAAGCAACAGCAGCAACACACGUCUGCUCCUACCUCUGCCGUUGAAGACAACUACGAAAGAGAGGCUCCUGGUACACAUCGCAAGAGCACUCUCUCCAGUCAUCGCAGCCAUCUGAAGUCAGUCUUCCGCUCUGCCAGUGCCAACAGACUGAGGGAAAUGGGCAACAAGAAGCCUGGCUCCCCUGAGAUAUCUCAACUCCCAUCUCCCAUCACUUCUCCGCCAAGCUUUGGAAAUCUUCCAAUGCCUCGAAGCCCUGGCAUUCCUCAGGACAGCCAACUACCACCACCUGCCGUGCCUGACGAGAACCAUCAGUACCAAAGCCUGCAAGAAUCCAUUCACGAAGCCGAGGAACACACUGAGCCAGUACCCGCACCUGCCUCCAAGUCGCAGUGGAAGCUCAAGGGUAUGGUUUCUGUCAUUCGUCAUGCCGAUCGUACACCCAAGCAAAAAUUCAAGUUCACCUUCCACACGAAGCCUUUCGUCGAUUUGCUCAAAGGUCAUCGUGAGGAAGUGUUGCUCGUCGGAGAGGCUGCUCUGAGGAGUGUGCAAGAGGCUGUUCAGCAAGCCUUGGUCGAAGGUGAGGAAGAUCAGACUAAACUCCGGACACUUUCAAAUGCUCUUGACAAGAAGGGAAGCUGGCCCGGCACAAAGGUCCAAAUCAAGCCCAUGUUCCGCAAGAGAAGACAGGAGGAGUUGCCUGCCGAACUUCAGGACAAGGUCGAAGUUGAUAAGGACGGCAACGCCAAGCCAAAGCCUACUCCUCUGCAGGGUAACGAUGCCAACCACUCGCGUGGAGACUCCAUGGCAGACGUUACUCUGUCUAGAAUCUCCGCUGCCGAGAACAAUCUUGUGCUUGACAAGUUGCAGCUCGUCAUGAAGUGGGGUGGUGAGCCUACCCACUCUGCUCGUUACCAAGCCCAGGAUCUUGGUGAGAAUAUGCGUAACGAUCUGCUCUUGAUGAACAAGGAUGCUCUCAGAGACGUCCGUGUCUUCUCAUCCUCCGAGCGCCGUGUGUCGACCAGUGCCCAGAUCUUCACUGCUGCGUUCUUGGAUCAGAAGGAGCUUGACCCCAACUUCAUUUCUGUUCGCAAGGAUCUACUUGAUGACUCGAAUGCAGCCAAGGACGAGAUGGACAAGGUCAAGAAGAAGUUGAAGGGUCUCCUCCGCCAGGGCAAGCAAGCACCCGACCAAUUUGCUUGGCCCAAGGAUGGCACUCCUGAGCCUUACUUGGUCGUCCGCAGUGUUGUCGAACUGAUGAAGUUCCACCGCCGCGUCAUGCUUCAAAACUUCACCAAGCUUCGUCCUCAAGGUGAAGGAGGCGCACCCAUCAAGAGUCCUCCUAGCAACGCCUCUUCCGCCAGCCUUGCAGAGACUACUCCAGAAUGGGUCGAUCCUAAACAGAUCCAAUCUAGAUGGUGCUGCGGUGAAGAUGCUUCAUUGUUCAAGGAACGUUGGGAGAAGCUAUUCAAGGAAUUUACCGAUGCUGAGAAGGUUGACCCUAGUAAGAUCAGUGAACUCUACGACACGAUGAAAUUCGAUGCUCUCCACAACCGACAAUUCCUCGAAUGGGUAUUCACUCCCAGCAGCGAUAUGGUUGAUGACGACCACGAACGUCCCGAUACUCUGAAGCGCACUGCCUCUGCAGCUCUGAGAGAAGAGUUUGGUCAAACUCACGAGGGUCUUGCACCUACCAAGGAUCAGUCUGCUGCCAAGGUUGAUGUACGUCUAGAAAAGCUGAGAGAGCUUUACCGCUUCUCGAAAGUCCUGUUUGACUACAUCGGUCCGCAAGAAUAUGGUAUGCUGAACAGCGAGAAAUUGGAGAUUGGUCUUUUGACAAGUCUGCCAUUGCUCAAGGAGAUUGUGACGGAUUUGGAAGAAAUGCAAGCAUCGGAGGAUGCCAAAUCGUUCAUCUACUUUACCAAAGAGUCGCACAUCUACACCCUUCUCAACUCCAUUCUUGAAGGUGGCGUCCAGACCAAGAUAGCCCGCAAUGCCAUCCCCGAACUCGACUAUCUUUCUCAAAUCGGCUUCGAAUUGUACGAAUCACAAAACGAAGCCAGCACCGAUGACCCAGAAGGCAGCAACUUCAACUACAGCAUUCGUAUCACUCUUUCGCCUGGUUGCCACGCUUUCGACCCUCUGGACGUUCAACUGGACAGCAAGCAUUGUAUCGGCUGCACUCCCCGCAGAAGUUUAACACCACACGUUGAGUGGAAGGAGGUUCUCGAGACCCUAAGAGCCAAGUUCCACACUGUCAAGUUGCCCAAGAGCUUCUUGGCUGUCAAUCUAAGUGAGAAGGUUCCUCAGGCAUUUGCGCCGCAAGUCAAGCCAGAGGAGGCUACUGGUGAAGCAGAUCCGAAGGUUGUGGGUGUGGAGGCUAGUCCUAUUGCUCCUGCUCACCAGCCUUGA